GUGGUGGGCGCCUGGCGGGGGGCCCUCGCAAGCCGCGGCGCAUACGGCCAUCGCUUUCCAACUUCAGCUACAGUGAUAGCUAAGUUGGGAAAGACCAAAACAGAAGCAAGCCGUUGCGUCCGUCUGCUCCGCUCUGCUCUGCUCUGCUCUCUCGGCCACCGGCGCUGUCGCGGUUGUUGUUGCGGCGGUGGCGGCGGCGGCCGCCCUUGUAUUUUGGGCGCACGUCUCUCACCCUCCCUCCUGCCUGCCCGAGCGCAGGGGCUUCAUAGCAACAGGCGCUGCACGCAGAACCCCGGCGCGCCCAGAUAACCAUGGCUCGCCCAGCGGCGGAGCAGCCAAACGAGCGAGGAUGCUGCGGAUCCUGUUCCAGCUUUUUAAGAUCUGCAACAUUUCUCCUGUAUCUUGGACAUUCCUUAUCCACUUGGGGAGAUCGUAUGUGGCAUUUUGCGGUGUCUGUCUUCCUGGUUGAACUCUAUGGAAACAGUUUGCUCUUGACUGCUGUUUAUGGAUUGGUUGUGGCAGGGUCAGUUCUUCUACUGGGAGCCAUUAUUGGAGACUGGGUGGACAAGAACCCAAGGCUGAAAGUGGCUCAGACAUCCCUUGUUGUGCAGAAUGCAUCUGUCAUUUCGUGUGGCAUCCUUCUGAUGAUUGUCUUCCUGUAUAAAGCUGACCUUGUGGCCUUAUAUCAAGGGUGGCUUCUUACCUUGUGCUACAUUCUAGUCAUCACAAUAGCGAACAUAGCAAAUUUAGCUAGUACCGCCACAUCAAUUACUAUACAGAGAGACUGGGUUGUCGUCGUUGCUGGUGAAAAUAGAAACAAAUUGGCAGAUAUGAAUGCCACAAUACGAAGAAUUGAUCAGCUGACCAAUAUCUUGGCCCCGAUGGCUGUUGGACAGAUAAUGACCUUUGGAUCACCAGUGAUUGGCUGUGGAUUCAUUUCUGGCUGGAACUUGAUUUCCAUGUGUGCAGAAUACAUGCUCCUCUGGAAAGUUUACCAGAAAACCCCUGCCUUGGCUCACAAGGCUGGUUCAAAGGCUGAGGAGUCAGAACUGAAACAGCUGAAUGUACAGAAAGAUGGUGAACUGAAGCCUGCUGAAGGAGUUCAGUUAAUUGGCGAGAAAGAUGUAAAAAUUUUGGAGCCCCAGCAGGAGGAAAAAGUUAGCUGUCUUUCUCGGAUGGCUGAGCCUUUAAGUACCUUCCGUGGUGGAUGGGUUGCGUACUACAACCAGUCCGUGUUCCUUGCAGGCAUGGCUCUUGCCUUCCUGUACAUGACCGUUCUGGGUUUUGAUUGCAUUACUACGGGCUAUGCAUACACUCAGGGUCUGAGUGGCUCCACACUCAGCUUCCUAAUGGGGGCUUCUGCCGUAACUGGAAUCAUGGGCACUGUCGCUUUCACCAGGCUGCGUCAGAAGUGUGGGCUGGUCCAGACAGGCGUCAUCUCCGGAGUAGCGCAGCUGGCUUCUCUGGUUUUGUGUGUGAUCUCGGUGUUCAUGCCUGGAAGCCCUUUGGAUCUGACCGUUUCUCCAUUUGCCGACAUCAGUGCUAGAUUGUUUGAAAGCAGCCCACUGCCUACUAUGGCACCUGAAGGCAGUCUCGUUGAAAUGCCCUUCACAACUGAAACGCCUCCCUUGGUCAAUGGGACUUCUUCUGAUCCAGGGCUGGCUCCUGACACCGUGCCUCUCAUCUCUGUUAGCCUUCUGUUUGCUGGAGUCAUUGCUGCAAGAGUGGGCCUGUGGUCCUUUGACCUGACAGUCACACAGUUAAUCCAAGAAAAUGUGAUAGAAUCAGAAAGAGGCAUCAUAAAUGGUGUCCAGAACUCCAUGAACUACCUUCUCGAUCUGCUCCAUUUUAUCAUGGUCAUCCUGGCUCCUAACCCUGAAGCUUUUGGACUGCUGGUGAUAAUUUCUGUUUCCUUUGUUGCAAUGGGUCACAUCAUGUACUUCCGGUAUGCCUAUAAAACCCUGGGAAGGAACAUCUUUCUUUGCUGUACUCCUCAGCAAAAGUCAGUUGCUGACAGCCCAACAACUUGUAAUACAUCAGAUGUCUAGCAAGUCUCAGUUAUUGUUGCCGAGUCUGUUUUUCCAGUGCAUGUACAAUACCUUGCUUUGUUAUGGGUCAGGAGCAGCUGAUGCCUCUUGAGAAGUAGGGCUCAAAGUUCUGCCAUCUCCUGUAAGUUUCCAACCUGUCUUGCCUCCCAGCUCCCUCUGUCCUUGGGCAGGUGACCAGGUGUGGGUUUCUGCAGAGGUGACAUAGCUUAUUUAUUUAAGUGGGGAUCUCUUGAGGAGUUAACAGUUAACUACAAAUGACAGUUGAUCUCUGAUUCUUUUUUAAACAAAGAAUUUCAUGCUGAAUGAAUUAAAGUACUGCAUAUUGCGUAGUAUAACUUUGGCUUUUUUUCUAUGUAACAUAAUUGUACUAUGUUCUGUCUUCAAAAGAAAAAGAUUGCUUGGAAACAUGACCACAAUGUUACACAAAAUGAACAGAAGCAGUUAUGUGCUUUCUUGAUCAAUUUCUUGUGCCUGGGUUGGGGAAAAAAACCAACCUUUCUUUCCAUGAUGGUAGUCUUGGUUUAAUUCCCGAGAAACAUCUUGGUUGCUUUAGUAUACUCUUUGAAUAAGAAAUAAUGCAAAAUAUUGUAGAAUAUAUAUGUAGCACUUCACAGAAACUGAUAUUAGCCUGGUAUAAACAGAAACUAUAAACAUAGCAUUGUAAAGCAUAGGACUUUAAAAUAUUAAGAAGGCUAUACUUACUAGCUUUGAAUUCAUAGUGUUAAGGGCCAGGUAUGUGCGUUGUGGGAACCGUGUUCUGUGCGUGUGUGUCUCUAGCCAUCUCACUGUUGAUUCAUCCAUUUGUUUUUCAGAGAAAAAGAUAUAAUAGCCUUCUUUUAAAUGGACUUAAAUAUGCACGGCUAUUUAAGCUGAAAAUCUUAACCACUUUAAAGGCCCCACUGAUGUCAGGAAGAGCCUUAAAUACAUACAGUUUCUCUGCACAGACCUUCCCUCUUUGAGAUGAAUAGGAAAUGCUGAAGAACAAAGUAUUCAAAAUGGGCUUAUACUGGAGAGUCUCUCUCUCUCUCUCUCUCUCUCUCUCUCUCUCUCUCUCUCUCUCUCUCUCUCUGUGUGUGUGUGUGUGUGUGUGUGUGUGUGUGUGUGUGUGUGUGUAAAUUUGUGUGUCUGUGCUUUUUUAAAAGUGAUGACAAUACUUUUGAAAAAUCAGACAUAUUGAACGUAGCAAAUGAUUUGUAACUUGCAAUGGGCAACCUCAGUUGCAUGUUGAGGCAGGAGUCUGGUGAAAAUUAACAGUGUAUGGCAUCUGUUAAGUGGCUCACACUGAACCACUGUGAUGUAGUACCACAGGAACAUCCCCAUGUGCAGCAUGUGGCUUUGCUUCUGCAGCACCCUUCAAGCAUGCAUGGACAGCACUCGGAAAGAUGAUUUGCCGCCAGAAGUCUGUGUUCGUUCACCGAUUUUCUGAGUUGGGGCACAUCUCUACAGCUUUAAAUGUCUUAUACAAUCGAUAUCCUUAUGCACUCUGUUUUAUUACAAGCAUCCUUUAAAACUUAACUAACUACAAAAUUGUAUUUUUAAACAAUGAUUUUUUUAAAAAAAGUGUGUUACUGUGGGAUCCCGUAAAAGCAAUAUUUUAUGAUCAGUAGUGACUGACAAUGCCGUACGUGUUAAAAUGCUUUUUUAGUCCUUUUUACUGUGUACAGGAAUGUGUGCAAUGCUUAUGACAUCAACAAGUUGGUGCACUUUUGUGGAAAUUGCGGUAACCUUGCUACAAGCACUUUGCUUUCUGAUAGAGUUGAAUACUCUUUACUGUAUACACUCUGGAAUUUUUCUAAGAUACGACAUUAUGAUUUUGAAUCUCUGUUGAUAAAUGUUUGUAAAAUAUUUGUUUGCAUAAAUAUAAACUAUUUUUCACA